CUCCUCCUCCUCUCCUCAUCACUGCUGAGCAUAUACAGCCAGAGGAAUUGUGCCCUGCCCAGCAGCGGCUCUGCCUGUUUGAUGAGGUGACCUAUGCAUACCAAGUAGUUCGAAGUCCGGGGAUCUCCCCGUGUUUUUUGUUUAGCAUGAGCAUGGAAGAUUAUGACUACCUGUUCAAAAUAGUUCUGAUAGGAAACGCUGGAGUUGGGAAGACAUGUCUUGUCCGGCGCUUUACUCAGGGCCUUUUCCCACCUGGACAAGGGGCGACUAUUGGAGUAGAUUUCAUGAUUAAAACCGUGGAAAUCAAAGGGGAGAAGGUCAAGCUCCAGAUAUGGGACACAGCUGGACAGGAGAGAUUCCGCUCCAUUACUCAGAGUUAUUACCGUAGUGCCAACGCCCUCAUUCUCACGUAUGACAUUACCUGUGAGGACUCCUUUAGGUGCCUUCCCGAGUGGCUAAGGGAGAUCGAGCAGUAUGCCAACAACCAGGUGGUGACUAUAUUAGUCGGUAAUAAAAUAGAUCUGGCAGAGAAGAGAGAGGUUCUCCGACAGAGGGCGGAAGACUUCGCUGAGGCUCAGAGCAUGCUGUAUCUGGAGACCUCGGCCAAAGAGUCCGACAAUGUUGAGAAACUUUUCCUCAACCUGGCCUGCGAGCUCAUUCGCGAGGCCAAGCAGAACAAGCUGGAUAACAAUGACACUGCCCCGAUGCCCGGUCACGAGCUGUCUGAACACACCUCGCUGGAUUUGCUGACAAGUGAGUCUCACUUCCUUUCUUUGACGGGACAGGUCUCCUCUUCCCAGUGCACGCGAGCAGGGAGGGAUCACGCGUCCUCGUUAUCAUGUGCUGAAGAUCCGUGUUUGACAGUAGCAGCAAUGAGGGCCGGCGUCGGGGCGCAGGUAUUGGACAGAGCUGCAGCGACCUGCAUCCUCGCGCUCUGUGUCGGCUGUUUACACGUGAUCGCCUUCAAGUCGCGACUGUUCACCCGGCUCGGUAGGGAGUCCGGCUCCACUGAGACCCCCAUCAGCUACGACACGUUUUAUUUUGACCAAAAGAUUGAUCAUUUCGGUUUCCUAGAGGAUGGCACUUUCAAACAGAGAUACCUUGUGGCCGACAAACACUGGCAGCAGCCCGGAGGACCGGUUUUGUUCUACACUGGCAAUGAAGGCGACAUCACCUGGUUCUGCAACAACACUGGCUUCAUGUGGGAAAUUGCGGAGGAGUUGGGAGCCAUGCUGGUUUUUGCAGAACAUCGUUACUAUGGAGAGUCUCUGCCUUUUGGACAAGACUCUUACAGUGACAGCAAGCACCUGAACUACCUGACCUCGGAGCAAGCCCUGGCAGACUUUGCAGUGCUGAUUAAGAACCUGAAGAGCUCUUUACCUGGAGCUCAGCAAAGCCCUGUCAUCGCUGUUGGAGGUUCCUAUGGAGGGAUGCUCGCCGCCUGGUUCAGGAUGAAAUACCCCCAUAUAGUUGUUGGCGCAUUGGCAGCUUCUGCACCAAUAUGGCAGUUCACCGGGAUGGUGCCAUGUGGAGACUUCUACAGAAUAGUCACACAGGACUUCGCCAAGAGCGGGUAUAACUGUGCUGCAAACAUCCGAAAGUCUUGGAAGGCCAUUAACAAUGUCUCUUCCACUGCGUCUGGACUUCAGUGGCUGUCAGAAGAAUUCAGUCUCUGCGCCCCUCUAAAAAACGAGAACGAUGCCAUUGGCUUCAAGAAUUGGCUUCAGGAGACUUGGGUGAAUCUGGCUAUGGUGGACUACCCUUACGAAGCCAAUUUUCUGCAGCCACUUCCUCGCUGGCCAAUCCAGGUGGUGUGCAAGUAUCUGGCUUUGGAUCCUGCUGUGUCUGACUACCAGCUGCUGCACGGCGUCUCCCAAGCAGCAAAGGUCUACUACAACUAUACCGGAAGCUCCUCCUGCCUCAACACAUCUCAGACGGCAACCGGCAGCCUCGGCUCCCUCGGCUGGUUUUACCAGGCCUGCACGGAGAUGGUGAUGCCCAUGUGCACAGACGGCGUCCAGGACAUGUUUGAACCUGAGGAGUGGAACUUCAAGGCCUUCUCUGACGAGUGCAGCGCCAUGUUUGGUGUCAGACCACGAGCGGACUGGGCAGGCACGGUCUACGGGGGGAAGGACAUCGUCUCGCACAGCAACAUCAUCUUCAGUAACGGAGGACUCGACCCGUGGUCGUGUGGCGGCGUGACCUUCAACAUAACAGAUUCUCUGGUUUCCAUUGUGAUCCCCGAUGGAGCCCAUCACUUGGACCUCCGCUACAGCAAUGACCAAGACCCACCUUCAGUCAGCGCAGCCCGGGCGUUAGAGGUGAUGUACUUUCGAGAGUGGAUCAAGACACCUCAAACCUCUUAGUCCCUAAAAAGCAGCACAAUGUCACCCGACCCAGUUUGCCAAGCUUUAAUUCACGUGACAGUAUUUCACAAGGUGCUCCCUGCACCAUUCUGCCAAAGUUUGUGCCUUUUCAAAAUGAUUUUGUAUUAAUGUUGUGGACAAUUUUCUUUCUUUACAUUGAAUGAUGAUUUUUUUUAUCAAACUUGUUCAACACAAAUCCUCAAUGUCAUUAAUCAGGUGAGAAGGUUAUUUUCAUCUUAAGUGUAUCUGACUUCAAUUUUCUUUGACCUAAUGUGACACACCAUUUCUUUAUGCCAAAUUAUACUUUUCCAAGGGUUUGGAGAGGCACUCAAUUAUGAGAAAUAAAUGAGCUUGACUUGUCACUUUCUUUGUCAAUACAUUUGUUCACAUUAUUGUCAUCAAAAGAGUGGAUCAUCCUUAUUUUGUUCUUUACGUAACGUUUGCCAAAAACCCAUAAAGGCCUCUGCCUCCGAGUUUGUGUUCCAGUACUACAAUCAGGGAUAUAUUUAGUUAUACCAUCUUUCAUUUCAUUUUUGUCUUUCAGUUUUAUCAUUACAUACAUUACUUGACACCCCGUAUUUUUUAUUGUCAGUCUUGUUGAUUAGCCAUUGUUGUCAUUCAGGUGUAUUUCUUCUUUGAAAGUAAGUGUAGAAUCAGAUUUUGCUUUUUUUACACUUAAAGAAGUCUCAGGAGAUAAGUUUGGCACCGAAUGGAAAGAAAAUCAAAUUUGUAUAUCCUCUGCACACAGUGUAAUAUUAAACUUUAUGUGUUCACAGUG